UCAGUGGUUGCUGAGUUAGACUUUUUCUCUUUGAAGGACCAGUUAAUUCUGUCAACCAGUAACAAGCCAUCCGAUUAUGAAACAGAAUCCUGCUUUCUCUGGCCUAAACAUGUUCUGAGUUACGUAAUAGUUUCAAAACCAUCUUGUAACUGAGAUCGACGGUGAGAUUAAACACUUUUUAAAGAAGUUAAGUUGAUCAGAAAAGGAAGCUGCCAUAGUUGGGCUCUUAGCAAGAGAAGUGUCCUGGCUCGAUAGCAGAAAGAAGGAAAGGGGAAGCAAUUGUUAGCAGUCAAACACACAGCCUGUUUCUAAGAGUCUUUUUAAAAACUGCCAUAAAUUGAAAAAUUAGCAACCCAGAUCAGAAGUUAGAAUAACAUUUAUUUCCAUGCUGUGCUUUCCUCUUUGGGGAAAUUUUAUUCUGGGGCAUUUCAAACUGGAUCUUCCCUCCGAUGUCCAUGUCUGAUCUUAUGGUUAGAAGAUCAAUUGCCUACAAAUCUGAUCUCUUAAACUGCCCCCUACAAGAGAUUGGUCUUGGGGGAGAAAAGCCUCCAUCAAUUGAAGGUGCUCCAACACUGGAAGAGACUGGAGAUCCAUUUGUCCAGAAUGGCAUAGUCACCUGCUUGAGCAGGGAUUGGAAUAGAAGACCACCAAGGUCCCUUCCAACCCUCUGGUUCUGUUCUAAAAGGGAAUCCCAGAAUUAGAAUAGAGCUGCAAAAUUGUAUGAAGCUUUCUUAUAUUUUUAUAUACAGAUCUUGCAUGAUGUGGGUGGGAGUGAUGUUUAGCCACUCUUGCCUAUUCCUCUGUUCUUCCCCAUAACCACUCUGAAAGGAAACCUAUUGGUUCUUCUAUCUGUCAAUCAGUUUAAGAAGCAAACACUUUGGCUCAUCUCUUCUUUGAAUUUUGCAAAGUUGGCUGGUUUUGUUACAGGAAUGGAUCUGCCCCUUGAGAAGCUCGGGUUUCUUUGAGAUAGAUCUGUAUUUAAAAAUACCUGAAAUCCAUAUUAGUUCUUACAGGUAGUCCUUUACUUACAACCAUUUAUGUAACAACCAUUCAAAAUUACAGGAAGUUCUCAACUUACAAUAGUCCAUUUAGUGGCCAUUCAAAGUUUACAUUGGCACUGAAAAAUGUGAUUUAUGACCAUUUUUCACACCUGUGACCAUGGCAGCAUCCCCAUGAUCAUGUGAUCAAAAUUCAGAUGCUUGGCAAUUGGUUCAUAUUUAUGAGCUUCCAUUGCUGUGUCAUGGGAUCUCCUUUUACAACUUCUGACAAGCAAAGUCAAUGGGGAAACCAGAUUCAUAUAACAACCGUGUUACUAACUUAACAACUGCAGUGAUUCACUUAACAACUGUGGCCAGAAAAAUCAUAAAGGAGGGCAAAAUUCACUUAACAAAUUUUGGUCUCAGUUGUGGUCAUAAGUUGAAGACUAUCUGUAUAUCUCUUGUACCUAUUCUUUAGCAUCAGAGUGGAAAUUUAUUUGUGCCUACCCUCUUCCCUGAACCCCAGGCUCAAUAGAGCCAAAAUUCUUCAUAAAAUGUCAAAUUCCAUAUUUUGAGACUAUGACUUUUUAAUUCCCCAGUCUUGAACAACUAAGUUCAGGCUCUUUGCAAAAAACUGAGCUCCAUAGUGUGAUGCUUAGAUAAACUCCAUGCAAUAAACUAUCAAUAAAAUACAGGUAGUUCUUGACUUAACAACAAUCCAUUUAGUGACCAUUCAAAGUUACAACUGCACUGAAAAAAGGAACUCAUGACCAUUUUUCACAGUUUACAGAAUACCCAUAAUCAUGUGAUCAAAAUUCAGAUGCUUGGCAACUGACUCAUUCUUACAACCCUUGCUGUGUCCCAAGGCGACCUUCUGACAAGUAAAGUCAACGGAGAAGCCAGAUUCACUUAACAACCAUGUUACUAACUUAACAACUGCAGUGAUUCACUUAACAGUUGUGGCCAGAAAGGUCGUAAAGUGGGGCAAAAUUCACUUAACAAAUGUCUCACUUAGCAAUAGAAAUAUUGGGCUCCAUUCUGGUCAUAAGUUGAGGAUUACCCUAUUUCCCCAAAAAUAAGACAUCCCCUGAUAAUAAGCCCAAUUGGGCUUUUGAGCGUAUGCGCUAAAAUAAGCCUCCCCCUAAAAAUAAGCCCUCCCCGAAAAUAUUUAAAUGCAGAGCUGGAAAUCAGGUAAGAUGGCAAGAGGAGUCCCAUCUUGCUCUACAUUAUUGCCACAAAAUAAUAAGACCUCCCUGAAAAUAAAGCCAAGCACUUAUUUUGGGGUUCAAAAAAAUUAUAAGACAGGGUCUUAUUUUCAGGGAAACAUGGUAUCUGUAUUUAGAAUGUUUGGGAUUUGGGUACUUAGCAAUUCUAGACUAUUUUCCCGAUACUUUUUGUCAAAUCUGUUGUGCUGGAUAAAACUUUUUUGCAAGUCAACUUAAAAUCAGUCAGUGAAGAAUUUGAGAUCAAGAGAAAAGCCUAGUUUAAAACGUAAAAAAAAAAAAAGGGUGGAUCAACAGUAGACCACCUGUAGCUUUGAAAGCUGCAUUCAGCUCUACACUUAAUUAGGAGAUUAAAGUUAGAUAAGUAGUACUUUUUUAUACUUUUUUUUUCAUGAAAAGGCUUCAUGAAGUAGACUUGAUGACAUAUUAUUGUUGGCCCAAUGUCAACUAAUGAGUUCCACGGCUGAGUUUGAGCCUGCGUGUGUGUAUGUGUGUGUAUACACACACUUUCUCUAAAAGGGGAACCUAUGAAAUGCAUGGGGAAAUUGUCUCACUGCACUUUUUUUCUCUCUGUGUGUGCCUAUUUUUUCAAUGUACAACCUCUUCUAUUCAAAUACAGGUAAUCCUCAACCUAUGAACCCAAUUGAGCCCAAAAUUUCUGUUGCCAAGCAAGGCAAUUAAUAGCAAUAGCAUGUAGACUUUAUAUAACUGCUUCACAGUGGUUUAGAGUCCUCUCUAAGCUGUUUACAGAGUUGCCCCCAACAAUCUGGGUCCUCAUUUUACUGAUCUCGGAUGGAUGGAAGGCUGAGUCAACGUUGAACCAGUGAGAAUCGAGCUGCUGAAAUUCACACAGGCAGCAGAAUUAGCCUGCAAUACUGCUUUCUAACUACUGUGCUGCCACGACUCAAUUAAAUGCAGCUCUGAUAAAUGAUCAAGCUGUCCACUAGUCAAUUGGUGGCGCAAUGGUCCCCCUAUGCUGUUGCUGCCCGCCGGCAUCUGCACCAGUCGUGGUGGCCAUGACAGGCCCUGCCGUCCCGUCCUACCAUUUCAAGAGUUUCUGUGGAGAGUUUGAGCGGGUGGAAAGUGCCUUGGAACGAUUGGAGGCCAGUGGCUUCUACUGGGGCAGCCUGUCAGGAGCUGAAGCUAAGAGGCUCUUGACUUCCCAGCCUCCUGGUGUCUUCCUGGUGAGAGAUUCCUCCGACCAUCAUCACCUCUUCACCUUGAGUGUCCGCACCAGGACAGGCAUCACCAACCUGCGUAUUCAGCAGCAGGACUCCUCUUUCCAUCUGGAGGCCUUGCCAGGAGCUGGCCAUCCCCCAGCUUUCAGUUGCGUGGUCCAGUUAGUUGAGUAUUAUCUCUGCCUGGGGGCUGUGGAAGGGGGUCCUUGCUACUUGGAGAGCGAGGGUCAGCCUCCAGUACCUUUGGCCCUCUCACAGCCACUCCGUUGCAAGGUGCCCACUUUGCAGGAGCUGUGUCAGCGGGCUGUACGAGCCACCGUGCAGGGCAGAGGUGACACCAGAGCUCAGCUGCAGAGGCUGCCAGUCCCCCAGGCAUUAUUGAACUCAAUCUGCAGCUAAAAGGAAGCACCAAUUUUAAAACCUUUCAAUGAGUGCAGAGUUGGGGCCUUCCUUGUUAGAAUGAAUGAGCAGAGCUGGUUGUAAAUAGUGUAGUGCUGAUGCACCACUAUUUUCUUGGAAUAAACCAUCUGACAGAUAAGCCAACCAUUUCAUUGUGGAGCUAUUUAUAACAAGCCUUCCAAAAGCUAUUGAAAAUUAUCUGAAAAAAGGGAUUGGCAGAGUAGGUUAGUCAACAAUAUGGAGAUGUGUAUCCUAUAUAAUCGCCUUCCCCAUUUUCCCAAGUUAGCCACUUCCACAUUUCAAAUGCUUCUCAUGCACAGGUAGUAUAACAGAAAAAUUUUACUCUAUCCAUAGGCAGAGCUGCCUUAAGCACCUCCCAACUGUUCCCAUUUUUAGUUGAAAGUUGUCGAAAGGUGUGUGACAAGUUUGUGUGAAAGUCCCUGUGACAAAUAUCUCUGCUAACUGUACAAGGAACAUCUGUCAAGUCUGCAGCAGCACUGCUCAGUAGUGAAGUCAACAAGGACAGAAUUGGUGUUUAGCUGCAACUAUUGUGCAUCUUUCUCUACAAACUCUCAGGCGGACAAGAAGAUUGUACAUCCAGUAACAAGAAUGUUUGAAUCUACAACCAAGAUCCUUCUCUGGUUUCUCUUUAGAAUCUAGAAUUCUAUAUAGAAUAUAGAAUCUGAAGGCAGAUUUUGAGCAAUAAGCCACACUGCACCAAAUCCACAGCAGUCCUCUCCUCCAUUUCCACUUUGACCACUGUGUGAUCCUGAAAACUCUCCUUCCCCCACUUCCAGUCACCGCCUUUAGUAAAGGUCAUUACUGUAACUUGACAGCUUUCAAGAAUGCUGACUCAGAAACCAGUUACGAGAAAGAAAAAAAGUUCAGCGACUUGAGUGUUUUUAUAGGCAGCCAGCAGAUAUACCACUCAAGGGUGAGAAAGAUACCAGUCUCUGAGGAAACAGACUUCAUAGUAAAGGGACAAUUGAAAAAAAAACAAAAUCCCAAACCUUGCAGCAGCACAAAGGUUAGAAAAUGUGAUUGCAGAUGGUAAUUUUGUGCGUUUCGUGCAAAACUUUCACUAAGGUAGAGUUCAAUGAUACUCCUCUUAAAGAACAAUUUUUAGUCCUAAAGUUAAUGUUUUUAAGGAACCUAAAAACUCCUCUCAAAUAAACCUUGAUCAUCUGCAAACUGA